CCAGGUCAUGACCAAACGACUGGUCAAACUCCAAUCUACUCAUGCAAUAUGUUGUGCUACACAGUAACACCAAUACAGAUUUAAGAAGCUACGUGAAAGUUUAAUUUACCAGGGCUUGUUAAUAUACGAAAAAUGAAAAAGAAAAAGAAAAAGAAAAAGAAAAAGAAAAAAGGGGGCCUCUCCAAAUAGAUCUUACCCGGACAGCAUGCACUUAAGUUUUUGCCACUUAAACAAGCCUAGAGUGAUAACCUCUUUGGGAGCGGCUACUAUGCUGCCUCAAACAUACCGUUGGGCAUAUUGCCCAGUUGAUUUUUUUUUUUCAUAUUUUUUUAAUUAUUAAAUAAAAAAAAAUAUAUUAAUACACUUAAAAUUAUUUCUUUAAUCAUUAAGUAAAAAAAUAUUAUUUUUUUACCUGAGCGGUACACCGCUCAGGCGGCAUGGGAGCAUUUCUCUAAUCUCUUUACCAAUUACCCCCAUGCAAAGGGGAGGGGAGAAGGAUGCCAUUUUUCAGGGGGAUUUGUUUGUUGAGGAUAGCCCUGCAGGGAGAAUGUCAUCCUCGUGGUUACCUUCCAACGACCCAUAUUUUGUCUUCAUCAGAUAUGCUGGCCUUGGAAGAGUUCGUGAAGAGGCGUGUUGGUAUCUAAUUCCUUCUUGAAGGGGCUCCUUUGUAUCAAAUAUUAAAAAAAAAAAAAAAAACCUUUAUCCCGAGCCUGUCCCAUGCCCUUCCUGUAAGCAUUAAUCUAACUACUAAUACGAGCUCUGCCAUGUCAAAGUGCUGUCUCUGUACCGUGGAUAAACUAAUACCUCGUCUGUCUUUGUCUGAGAGCUCACUUAUAAGAACCGAAAUGGAUGCCUGAAGCCAGAUGCCAUUCACACUGUUCUUUAUAGCUUUGGUGCCAGUUCCCUUGUUGGUCCCACUUUUCAAGAAUCUUUGUAUCAAAUGUUGAACAUCGGAGUUUAAUUUAUUGUGUACACGUGUCAUAUAAUAUAUAUGUCCUAGUACCAGUCUCUUACUCUUUGUACAGAAUCUCAUUUUUUUUUUUCUUUUUGUUGCGAAUUUCUAUUUCUGUAACCCUCAUUGAUUUUACUAUAACAUGCUUCUACGUGAUCUUUCCAGAUUUCUGGCCUUGAACAGUAGCACUUUGAAAAUCUUGAAGCUUGCCUGCGUGAUUGUGGCCUUCUGGUUAAAUUAAUUAGACACGAUUUAUGACUCGGAAUGAAAACCUUCCUCCAGGCCAAGGGUGUGAUAUAUCAUGCUCUGGUUGGAAAAGUCAAUGGUAUAAAUUGUACCGUAUCUAAAGAUCUAAUGAUAUGAUAUUAACAGAGUGAAACAUGCUGCUUUAUAUAAGAAAAGAUUCUUUUAUCUAUAAUUGGAUUAAUACACUCCUGUUUCUUUGUGAAUCGUAGUCAUAUCUGGCAUGGUAUUUGAUAUUUAAUCAAUGUACUAGGAGAGAGUGUAAAAUCAAAUGGUUAUAUUCAUUUUCCUUGCACAUUAUUCUAUGCCAAUAAACGGCAUGUUCAACAGCCAUUAACUUGCUGAGAUAAUACAUGACAUUGUACUUUUGCAUUACCUCUCUCUUUCUUCUUUUUUCUAUAUAUAUGUGUUAUAGUUUGAAGCUUUUCUGCUUAUCCAAUAACGGCCAAACAAAAAAAUAAUGGCUCAGCUGGGAGGAGCGGAUCAGAUAGAGUCUCUGCGACUUGAGUUGGCAGAGAUUGGAAGAAGUAUAAGGUCUUCAUUUAGAAGCCACGGCUCAAGUUUCCGGGGUUCAGCUGUCAAAUCUGAACAUGAUAUUGAAAUUGAUGAUGAACAUGAGUUACAGUGGGCUGCAGUUCAGAGACUACCCACUUUUGAGAGGAUUACUUCAGCCUUGUUUGAUGUUAAUGUUGGCACAGGUGCAGAUGAAGAUGCUAAAGGGAAACACGUGGUUGAUGUAACCAAACUUGGAGCUCAAGAACGUCAUAUUUUCAUAGAGAAGAUAAUCAAGCACAUUGAAAAUGAUAAUCUUCGGUUAUUGCAAAAACUUAGGAGGAGAACUGACAAAGUUGGUGUAAAAUUGCCCACUGUCGAAGUAAGAUUUGAAAGUCUGUGUGUUGAGGCACAGUGUGAAGUAGUUCAUGGAAAGCCCCUCCCCACCCUAUGGAACACCUUAAAAGGCAUGAUUUCAGGCCUUGCCAUGCUGUCAGCUUCAAAAACUCAAGGAGCCAAGAUAAACAUCAUCAAAGAUGUCAGUGGAAUUAUUAAGCCAGGAAGGAUGACUAUAUUGCUUGGCCCUCCCGGGUGUGGCAAGACCACACUAUUGUUGGCUUUGUCAGGGAAGCUAAGCAAUUCUCUAAAGGUUACUGGGCAAAUAUCUUACAACGGUCAUAGACUGGAAGAAUUUAUUCCACAGAAAACGUCAGCAUAUGUAAGCCAAUCUGACCUUCAUAUUCCAGAGAUGACCGUGAGAGAAACACUUGAUUUCUCUGCAUGCUGUCAGGGAGUAGGAAGCCGAGAUGAAAUUAUUAUGGAAGUCAGUCAAAGGGAGAAGGAGAGAGGGAUUAUCCCAGAUCCGGAUAUAGACGCUUACAUGAAGGCAAUAUCAGUUAAGGGAUUGAAGACGACACUUCAAACAGACUACAUCCUAAAGAUCCUUGGUCUCGAUAUGUGUGUUAACACAUUGGUUGGAGAUCCCAUAAGAAGAGGCAUAUCUGGUGGUCAAAAGAAAAGGUUGACUAUAGGUGAGAUCAUCGUGGGUCCCGCAAAAGCUCUAUUCAUGGAUGAAAUAUCAAAUGGCUUAGACAGUUCCACCACUUUCCAGAUUGUUUCUUACCUUCAGAACCUGGUGCAUAUAACUGAUGCCACUGCAUUGGUUUCACUUCUUCAGCCAGCACCAGAGACCUUUGAUCUCUUUGAUGACAUUAUCUUAAUGGCAGAAGGGAAGAUAGUCUAUCAUGGACCACGAAAUUGCAUUCUUAAGUUCUUUGAGGACUGCGGGUUUAAGUGUCCGGACAGAAAAGGUGCUGCUGACUUCCUUCAGGAGGUUAUAUCUAGAAAAGAUCAAGCACAGUAUUGGUGCUACACAGAUCAACCUUACACUUAUGUUUCUGUCGAUCACUUUAUAAAGAAAUUUAAGGACUUCCAUCUUGGCCAGAACUUAGGUGAGGAGCUCUCACAGCCAUUUGAUAAGUCUCACAGCCACAAGGAUGCUCUAUCCUUUAGAUCAUACUCAUUAACUAAGUGGGAACUGCUUAAAGCUUGCACAAGGAGGGAAUUUCUUCUAAUGAAAAGGAAUUCUUUUAUUUAUGUAUUUAAAUCAACACAGUUAGUCAUCAUUGCGUCAAUAGCAAUGACUGUUUUCCUUCGAACUCGAAUGGCUGUUGACAUGAUCCAUGCAAAUUAUUAUAUGGGCUCACUGUUCUAUGCACUCCUCAUUCUUCUUGUGGAUGGAUUUCCAGAACUGCCGAUGACUGUCUCGAGACUAGCAGUUUUCUACAAGCAGAAAGAGCUUUUCUUUUAUCCUGCUUGGGCUUACACAAUCCCAGCUGCCAUCCUGAAAGUUCCUCUUUCGUUGUUGGAAGCUUUUGUGUGGACGGCUCUAACAUACUAUGUCAUUGGUUACAGCCCCGAGGUGGGGAGGUUCUUCCGCCAGUUCCUUCUAUUUUUGACUGUGCAUCUAACAUCAAUAUCCAUGUUCCGAUUUAUUGCAUCACUCUUCCAAACUGUGGUUGCUUCAAUGACAGCGGGUAGCCUAUCCAUAAUAUUUGUUCUAUUAUUUGGUGGCUUUGUUAUCCCCAAGUCCUCUAUGCCAACUUGGUUGGAGUGGGGAUUUUGGGUUUCUCCGCUGUCAUAUGGAGAGAUAGGCUUGACAGUGAAUGAAUUCCUUGCUCCUCGAUGGGAAAAGCUGUCUGCAAACAAAACUCUGGGGCGACAAGCAUUAGAAACUCGUGGAUUAAACUUCGACAGUUACCAUUAUUGGAUAUCAAUUGCUGCCUUAACUGGGUUCACAGUGCUUUUUAACGUUGGUUUUACCUUGUCAUUAGCUUACUUGAAGCCCCCAGGAAAAUCUCGCGCUUUAAUUUCUUAUGAAAGGUACUCUCAACUUCAAGGAAUAAAAGAGAGAUACAACAAUUCGGAUAGAGGCACGAACCCUACUGGUGCUUCUCCUAAAACUACUUCAGAAGCUAGAAAGGGAAGGAUGAUUCUACCUUUUGAGCCCUUAACUGUAACAUUUCAUGAUGUGCAGUAUUAUAUAGAAACCCCUUCGGAAAUGAAAGGGCAGGGUUUUACACACAAGAAGCUCCAGCUCCUUUCAGAUAUUACAGGUGCAUUCAGACCAGGCAUACUAACAGCUUUAAUGGGUGUCAGUGGAGCAGGGAAAACAACACUUAUGGAUGUUCUUUCUGGAAGGAAAACCAGUGGUACCAUUAAAGGAGAGAUUAGAAUUGGUGGGCACCCGAAAGUUCAAGACACAUUUGCCAGGAUAUCAGGUUACUGUGAGCAAAUGGAUAUACAUUCUCCACAAAUCACUGUAGAAGAAUCAGUGGUAUAUUCUGCUUGGCUGCGGCUUCCAUCUCAGAUUGACUCAAACACUAAAGCUGAAUUUGUAAAUGAAGUCCUUGAGACUAUUGAGCUUGAUGUGAUCAAGGAUUGUUUAGUAGGAAUGCCAGGUGUUAGUGGUUUAUCAACUGAGCAACGUAAACGGCUUACUAUAGCUGUGGAGCUUGUUGCCAAUCCUUCUAUCAUAUUUAUGGACGAACCAACAUCAGGUCUAGAUGCAAGGGCAGCGUCGAUUGUUCUGAGAGCAGUGAAGAACAUUGUUGAGACAGGAAGAACAGUUGUGUGCACCAUCCAUCAACCAAGUAUUGAUAUCUUUGAGGCAUUUGAUGAGUUGAUUCUAAUGAAAAAUGGAGGCCGCACAAUAUAUUCUGGUCCACUGGAGCAGCACUCAAGAAGGGUUAUUGAGUACUUUGAGAGUAUCCCUGGAGUUCCAGCUAUUAAAGACAAUCAUAAUCCUGCGACAUGGAUGUUAGAAGUUGCUUCAAAAUCUGCUGAAACUCAACUUGGAGUAGAUUUUGCACAAAUUUAUCAGGGGUCUGCCUUGUAUGAGCAAAACAAGGAGUUGGUUAAGCGAUUGAGUUCACCAUCUCCAGGUUCAAGGGAAUUGCAUUUUCCUACCCGCUUUCCACAAGGUGGUUGGGAACAGUUCAAAGCAUGCUUAUGGAAACAGCAUUUGUCCUAUUGGCGAAGUCCUUCAUACAAUUUGAUGCGUAUCAUUUUUAUGUCUGUCUCAUCUUUGGUGUUUGGAGUACUAUUCUGGAAGCAAGGAGAGAAAAUAAAAAACCAGCAAGAUCUCUUCAAUGUGCUUGGUUCAAUGUUUACUGCCAUUAUCUUCUUUGGCAUAAACAAUUGCUCAACAGUUCUACCCCUUGUUGCAACGGAGCGGACCGUUCUGUGCCGAGAAAGAUUUGCAGGGAUGUAUUCUUCAUGGGCGUAUUCAUUGGCACAGGUGCUAGUGGAGGUUCCCUACCUGUUAAUCCAAGCAGUUCUCUAUGUGAUCAUCACCUAUCCUAUGAUUGGUUACUACCGGUCAGCCUAUAAGAUAUUCUGGCAAUUCUACAGCAUGUUCUGUACACUGCUAUCCUUCAAUUACCUAGGAAUGCUUCUGGUUUCUUUAACGCCAAAUAUUCAGGUGGCUUCAAUUGUGGCUUCAUCUUCCUACACAAUGCUGAAUUUGUUCUCUGGGUUCAUUAUACCAAGACCUCAUAUCCCAAAGUGGUGGCUUUGGUUGUAUUACUUAUGUCCCACAUCUUGGGCAUUGAAUGGUAUGCUUACUUCCCAAUAUGGAGAAAUACACAAAGAAAUAUCUGUGUUUGGAGAAACAAAAACAGUUGCCACCUUCCUAGAGGAUUACUAUGGGUUUCACCACAAUCGAUUAGGUGUUGUUGCUGUUGUCCUUAUUGUCUUCCCCAUAGUCUUUGCUUGUCUUUUUGCAUAUUGUAUUGGCAAACUAAACUUCCAAAGGAGGUGAAUGUUGUAAAAAUGUAUCUGCACAUUUGGAUGUUACAGUUAUUAUCAUGAACUAGUGGCUGUAAACAUAAUUUUCACAUAUAUUUCUUUGAAGAAUACAAGUUGAAA